AGGGGACCAGGGUCCUGAUGCUGCUGCCAGGGAUCUUGGGUGAGAGAAAUGAUGAAAGGACUGGGCGAGUAGAAAGGAAGGGAAGAGACAGUGGGCACGAUGGGGCUGGUGGCUCACAGAGGGAACUGAGCCUCUGCCCGUGAAGAGGCUUCAACUCUGCAACCCCCUUCCCCCGCUGCCAUCAUGAAGAGCCUGAAGGAGAGGGCCAGAUGGUGUGUUGGGUACCAGGAGGAGGAGGCCAUGGAAGAAAUGAGACCUUUGCUGCAGGAAGACAGCAGCCAGGAUGGCGUUGAGAUGGGUGUCGAGCCCACAGGUUGGGGUUCUGAUGACCCUGAGCUGGAAGAAGAGGAGGCAGCAGGUGACCCGGAUCCUGUUCGGGUCCUGAUGCUCCCGAUUCAGGCUCAUCACGCCAUGGAGAAGAUGGAAGAGUUUGUCUUGAAGGUUUGGGAGGGCCGCUGGCGAGUCAUGCCAUACGACGUCCUGCCUGAUUGGCUGAAGGACAACGACUUCCUCUUGCAUGGACAUCGGCCGCCCAUGCCCUCAUUCCGUGCCUGUUUCCGCAGCAUCUUCCGCCUCCACACUGAGACCGGCAACAUCUGGACACACCUCCUUGGUUUCCUGUUCUUCCUGGUCUUGGGUAUCGGUUACAUGUUCAGCCCCAACAUGAACUAUGUGGCCCCGAUUCAGGAGCGGGUGGUCUUUGGCAUGUUCUUCUUGGGAGCCAUUCUUUGCCUCUGCUUCUCCUGGCUAUUCCACACUGUCUACUGCCAUUCCGAGAAGGUCUCCCGCACAUUCUCCAAACUGGAUUACUCUGGCAUUGCUCUGCUGACCAUGGGCAGCUUCGUCCCCUGGCUGUAUUACUCCUUCUACUGCUCGCCACAACCCCGCCUCAUCUACCUCAUCAUCAUCUGCGUGCUGGGCAUCACAGCCAUCAUGGUUUUCAAGAGGGACUACCUCGCUACCUCAAGUUACCGAAAUAACCGGGCAGGAGUCUUUCUAGGCCUUGGGCUGAGUGGGUUGGUGCCCACCCUCCAUUUCAUGAUCGCUGAGGGAUUCAUCAAGGCCACGACAGUUGGACAGAUUGGCUGGCUCUUCCUCAUGGCUGUCCUCUACAUCUUGGGGGUGGCCCUGUAUGCGGCCCGCAUCCCUGAACGCUUCUUUCCAGGGAAGUGUGACAUAUGGUUCCACUCCCACCAGAUCUUCCACGUGCUGGUGGUAGCGGCAGCCUGCGUCCAUCUACAUGGCGUCUCCCAGCUGCAGGCGUUCCGCUCCUCCCUUGGGGGCAGCUGUACCGAGAACACUGUGCUCUGAUCCCUGGCAAGGUUAAACUGAUGACCUCCUCCCUCCGGGGUCAGGACCACCAAUCACCUUGCACACUUGACUCAAGAUGGACCAAGAGGGCAGGGCCUCUAAAAGGCACAGCGCUCGUCUGCGGGUGGGGUUUCCCCCUUCUAUUUCUUUCCUUUUAAACAAAUCUCUGUUGUGUCCCAGGUAUUUUCUGGGGACCCCCGUCCUCCUUACGUCCAACUUCACGGCGAUCUAUUUUUGUAGGUGUGAGUUGUCGAAAGGUGUAUUUUAGCUGGGAUGGGACACCAAAGGAAGGAACAACUGCAGAAGUGAAGCGGGCCCUUGAAGUGGCUUAAGAACAUCCGUGUCCCAAUAUUUGAAAGAGAGAGACGGAUGCAUGUGGGCUAAGGCCAUGAAUUUUAAAAACUUUGUGGAGGGGCCCGGUUGGUAGCAUAGACGGCCCUCUGUGUUUGAUCUGUCCCUAGGGAAUAUUGUCUCUUUCAGAGCGCUUGCUUUGCAAUGGAUACUGAGAAGUGGUCUGUACUGUACUCAAGGGUAUCCCAGCACCUUUGCACUGAGAGAUGGGAUCUAGUAGAUAAGGCAGGGGAAAGAGUAGAAUCUAGGAAGACUCUGGUCCCCAGUUCUUGCCCUGCCACAAACAGCAGAGGUCUGUCUAGAUGAAACUGGGACUUCUGGGUUCUCUCUGGAAUCUAAGCUCCAGUAGCACAUUUAGGGAGAAUUAAAUCAAGACAGCUAGCUCCCUUCCUCGCCCCCCCCCCCCCCCCACCCCAACCCCCAACGUUCCUUAGGGAUCCAGGUCAGGCAAAGCAAAGCAAAAACAAACAAACAACAAACGUGAGAACUGUUAAUUGUUCCCACCUUGGCACAGUGAGUGUAACAAAAAGGACUAGGGCAGGGAUGGAUGUAGCCCAUGGGUCAGCAGUUACCCAGUACUAAUCCAAGAGAUCUGUGGGUCUACUUAUGUGCAUUGGAAGGGUCUGAAGCCAAGCCUUUGGGGGCACGGAUACUUUUGAACGAAGAGGAUUACGCAGUCCGUUCAUUCAGCACUUUAAAAAGCUGGGAAAUUGCGUAGUUCAUGUACGCGGCCAAGGAAGAUAGGGAUAAGAUACCGUUUUUACCCAUGAAGUGGGGUGGGGAACAGUCACAGCCAGGGGCCAGAGACCGACACUAGGAUCAGAAUCCUUUCACCAGCAAUUUAAUAGACUAAAAACUGGCUGUUGUAAUCCAGAUCCCAGGCAGUUUGUUUCAGGAUAGAAUUUAGUACUCCCUGGCAGAAAAAGCCGGAGGCUACUCAACCAUCAGGUGAAGAGUGGUGUCAGGGCCAGUCUUAAUUUAGGAACAGGUGUGCCCCACCCAAAUCUGUCAUCUUGGUGGUUCCCCCAGAAUCUUCCACAUCUAGUUUUACCAUUUUGGAGCUCAUUCCCCUCCUCAAAUACUUGACUGACUGUAUAUUGAAGGGUCAUUACCCCGUCCGCCCUGUUCUCUUCCAGUUCUAUCCUGUUAUCUCUCCCACGUUUCAUUAUUUCUUUGGGGAAGGAGAAGUGAGCUGGAGUCAUGAACCAGAGUCAAAUGAGAGACCAUAAUAAUGGAAAAGCGCACUCUUUAUCUUGCAUGGGCUUCCCCCUCUCUUCAAAGAACAAAACUUGGAGGGGCUCUCGGAUCUGUCUUGGAUCGAAAAGUCUCAUGGGAAUAUCAGCUGCUGAGCUGGAAAGAGGAUCGUUCUCAGGCGCCACAACAGGAAAAAAGCGGCAAGCUUGAUAUUUUGGCUCUUUGGAGUUGCAGAGCCUCUUCAAGCGGAGCCAGGCUCUGCCGUCCUUCCAUGCCAGCAGAGUCAGUGCCUCAAACCUCUAUGAUAAAACACACAUCCAAGGCCAAGUUGCAGCUACCGUGAGGCUCUUUCUAUGUCCUGCUCUGCGCAGAUCGUUUUUACAUGAACUGAAGGUGCGACGGAUUCAAGAUGCUCGGCAAAAACCUAAGGGAUCUGGGAACAGUAGCUGUAACUCUCAGGUUCUGUUUCUUUUGCAAGUGGGUGGGAAAGGUACGAGGAUUGGCAAGACCACCUUGUCGAUGUCCGUCGCGUGUGUCUCUGACCCUCUGUAUCGAACUGUCUUGGGAAACAGCGGUACGUAAUUGUAAGUGUCCCCGAUUCUUUCUUCGGCAUGUCCCACUGGCACUUUAUUGUGGUGAUUCUAGCCAGCACUGAGGGGGAAAAGAAGAUGACGACGACUCUCCAGUGCCAUGGCCCACUGAGGUACCGGUGGGCCCAGAAUUUUCUGCCGCAAGGAAAACAGCCUAGAUCAGGGGUCUGCAACCUGCGGCUCCGGAGCCGCAUGCGGCUCUUUCAGCCUUAUACUGCGGCUCCACCUGGCCUGGAGGUCAGAGGGUAGGGUGGGCGUGUCCCUCCAGCCCUC